GUUGACAUGCUCCUGUGGAGCCCCCCUUCUCCCCACCCACUUCUUUGUAUUCUUCCCUGCUGUUGAGUUGAGUUCAUUCCACUGUUGUUGUUGCUGCCGCUGCCACCGCUCCUUGGAGAAGUCAGAAUGGCGCGUCAACAUUUGCUAGUCAUCCUCAGCCUGUCGGCCUGGUGGUCCGGAGCCCUGCUGGCUGUCGAAGAUUCAGAAGCCCAGCCGUGUCCAGAAAGGGUGCUGACCGAUAGCAGGGAACGCCUGUGUCUAAAAGCCUGCACCCAAGAUAGCGACUGUCCCAACAGGAGGAAAUGUCUGUGUGACGGUGAAUGUGGGCUCAGCUGCGUGGCUCCAGGACGGACCUGCCACUGGCCCCUCUCUAUACCCCACGCCACCUCGAGCCUCCUCUCCAAGUUUCCGUCGUUCUCCGCCCAAGCAGAGGUGCGCUGUAACCCGGGCUUCAAGACAGCAGAGGGCGGGGCUCAGCUCAUUAUGCGUUGCCAAGGGGACCGCAAAUGGAGCGUCCUGGAGCCGUACUGCCUAGCAGAAGCAACGAUUCCAUCUAUCAGCUGCCCAAACCCGGGCCGACUGGAGCACGGCUACAUCAGCGGCAGUCUUCUUACUGUGGGUGCCGUCAUCCAGUAUUCCUGCAACCCUGGGUAUCAGCUGGAGGGCACCUCAGAAAACGUCUGCCUAGAAAAUGGCACCUGGAAGUGGGAGCCGCCACAGUGCCUACAGGUCUACUGUCCGCCCCCUCUGGAGAUUUCUCAGGGCUACUUGGUCGCAGUUCAGAAAAGGCAGUACGAAGCUGGCGAGGUCAUCUAUUAUCUGUGCAAGAAGGGAUUUCUUCUGGAUGGUCCCAACAGAGUAACAUGCCAGCUAAACGGCAACUGGAGUCAGACGCCUUUUUGUAGAGCCCGGUGCCCAAUUCCAGCAUAUCGUAGCAGAGUCCUGUACGGUGGACAGAAAGUCUGGAUCGUCGACAUCCCUGAAGGUCUGGUCUCUCAUGGAGAAACGGUGUCCUUCUUCUGCCGCAAAAAGCCAGAAGAGUGCAGCUACCCCAUACAGUCUGAGUGCUUUGAUGGAAACCUGACUCUCCCGUCUUGCUAUGAAGAGCCCACUUGGCUGCAGUACAAGCUGUUUCCCAAACGAGUCGUAUCAGAAAUUCCUGCCUGCUGACCGCUACUCAAGCCAUUCCCAUGAUCUUCUGCACCAUCCUUGAUUUUUGAACUGUCACAGGGCUGAAGGCGCCGAGCAGGAUGAGGCGUUUGGACGUCUUCAAGGUCUCAUUACUGACGUUCUGCACUUCUUUGGAUAUACUGCACAACACGCUGUUUGAAAUCCUUUGGCAUGCUUGUUUGCAAUUGAAAGCAUUGGAUGUGGACCCCUGUAAAGACCGGGACGUCCCAGUGGUGGCACUUGCUUUAUCUAGCCUACGGUCAUUUUGAAGCUCUGUCUGCCUUAUAAACAAACAAGAGGGGUGUUCUUUGACUUACAGGGGCUUGGGCUUUCUUACUGGCCUUGGUGCCCCGUUGGAUGUUGGGUACAUUAGGUGCUGUGCUGCUAAAUACGUUUCACAGGCACAUGUGUGGCUGUAAGCAUUUGGAUUUUACUCCUGCUCCUACCAUGAAAACAAUCAUACCUACAAAUUCAAUAAAAAAUGUUUAUG